UCGCCUCAGCCCCGGCGGCAGGGCAGCGCAGCAGAGCUGAGUGAGACACGCUGGCGGGAGGGUGGGCCGGGCGGAGCGGCGUCUAUGGGGAAGGCGGCCGCGUCGUCGUCGUCGUGCAGCGGCAGCACCCGCGGGCUGGUCUCCCUGCUCAGCGCCGUCCCCUGCCUGGCCUGCAAGCAGCCGCCGCCCUCCCGCGCCGCCAUGAGCCUGAGCGCGGCCAGCUCCGAGGGCCCCCUUCCCGUCGCCGGGCCCGGCUCGGACACCUACAAGGGCUGGCUCUUCAAGUGGACCAACUACCUGAAGGGGUACCAGCGCCGGUGGUUCGUGCUCAGCAACGGACUGCUGAGCUACUACAGGACCCAAGCUGAAAUGGCUCACACUUGCCGAGGAACCAUCAACCUGUCAACAGCCCACAUUGAUACAGAGGACUCCUGUAACAUUGUGCUUUCCAGUGGGGGAAGGACAUACCAUCUAAAGGCUAGUUCAGAAGUGGAACGGCAGCGGUGGGUCACAGCUCUGGAGUUGGCUAAGGCCAAAGCCAUUCGUAUGAGGGACAACCAGUCAGAUGACUCCGGUGAUGAGGAGCCAGCCUCGCAGUCUGACAAGAGCGAACUGCACAGCACUCUGAAAAACCUCUCGAGUAAGCUGGAGGAUCUCAGCACUUGCAACGACCUCAUUGCGAAGCACGGGGCAGCUCUCCAGAGGUCUCUGAGUGAGCUGGAAAACCUGAGGCUACCCGCCGAAAGCGGAGAGAAGAUCAAAGCCGUCAAUGAGCGAGCCACUCUCUUCAGGAUCACCUCCAAUGCUAUGAUCAAUGCUUGCCGGGAUUUCCUAGAGUUAGCAGAGGCCCACAGCCGGAAAUGGCAGCGUGUGCUUCAGUACGAGCGUGAGCAGCGGACCCGCCUGGAGGAAACCAUUGAGCAGUUAGCCAAGCAGCACAACAGCUUGGAACGAGCCUGUCGAGGAGCCCCGGGACUCACUGUGAAUACUGUCACCCGCGCACUCAAAGGGAGCGUGUCGACCGUGAAAGGGGAAGCCAGCGACGAAGAUGAGGACACAGAAUACUUUGAUGCCAUGGAGGACGCGCCAUCGUUCAUCACAGUAGCUGCAGAUCCCACAAAACACCACAGACGCACUGACAGCAACCUGAGCGGGACCAGUGAAGGUCGUGCUGAUGACUGGAAUAUAGACGACAGUGUGUUUGAGUGCUCCACUCGGUCCAGCUUUGAUGCUGCAGGGAAAGAUGUCGUGUCCAAGAAGAGCAGGCGGACCCGAAUCCCAGACAAACCCAACUACAGCCUUAACCUCUGGAGCAUCAUGAAAAAUUGCAUUGGCAAAGAACUGUCGAAGAUACCGAUGCCUGUAAACUUCAAUGAGCCGCUAUCCAUGCUGCAGAGGCUAACAGAGGACCUGGAGUAUCACGAGCUGCUUGACAAAGCUGUCAAGUGUGAGAGCUCCACAGAGCAGAUGUGUUUUGUGGCUGCUUUCUCCGUGUCUUCCUACUCAACAACAGUCCACCGGACAGCCAAACCAUUCAACCCACUCCUCGGCGAGACUUAUGAGCUGGACCGCCUGGAUGAACUGGGCUUCCGUUCACUUUGCGAACAGGUGAGCCAUCACCCCCCAGCUGCAGCCCAUCAUGUCUACUCCAGACGAGGCUGGACGCUAUGGCAGGAAAUCACCAUUGCUAGCAAGUUUCGGGGCAAAUAUCUCUCCAUCAUGCCAUUGGGUGCAAUCCACCUGGAAUUCCACUCCAGUGGCAACCACUACAUCUGGAGAAAGGUGACCUCGACAGUUCACAACAUCAUUGUGGGCAAACUCUGGAUUGACCAGUCUGGUGACAUAGAAAUCAUCAACUACAAGUCAAAAGACAAAUGCCAGCUGAAAUUUUCCCCCUACAGCUAUUUCUCCAGGGAUGUUCCUCGAAAGGUGACAGGUGUUGUCAUGGAUGCAGAAGGCAAGGCUCACUAUGUUAUGUCUGGCACAUGGGACGAAAAGAUGGAAUGUUCCAAAAUAGUGCAGAGCAGUUUGGGUAGCAGCAGUGUGGAGGGCAAACUGCCGAAAACAGUCUACCAGACGCUGUCCCCCAGGACCCUGUGGAAGAAGUACCCUCUUCCGGAGAAUGCUGAAAACAUGUACUGCUUCUCCACCCUGGCUUUGACCCUCAAUGAGGUGGAGGACGGGAUAGCCCCCACAGACAGCCGGCUGAGGCCUGACCAGCGGCUCAUGGAGAACGGCAAGUGGGAUGAAGCCAACACGGAGAAACAGAGGCUGGAAGAGAAGCAGAGGGCUGUUCGACGCCAACGGGAGGCAGCGGCGGCAGUGGCCCUGGAAGAAGGCAAGGACUAUGAAGGCUACAUCCCCCUUUGGUUUGAGAGAAAGGUAGACCCUGCAACAGGAGAGCUGAUCUGCGUUUACAAAGGCGGAUACUGGGAAGCCCGGGAGAAGCAGGACUGGAGUAUGUGCCCCGACAUCUUCUGAGCCUCCUCCCACCCCUUGGGCUGGCGCUUGCCAGAAGGGACCUCCCCAUCUUUUUGCAGGAUCCAGAAGCCAGCAGUUGAAGCACUCCAGGCAGAAGCAGCUCUCUGGCAACACACACAUUUCAAGAAGACACAGAGUUUAGAUAUUUAAAAGGAAAAAAAUUAAAGACAGAAACAAAAAAAGACAAAAACAAAACAGGGAUUCCAGACCUAUUUUUAUGCACUAAUAAAACGGCAUUGAUUUUUUUUAAGUGACUUUUUUUAGCUAUCAGUUCGGAGCGAGGAGGUGAUUAGAUUGGUUUCCUUUCUGAGCCUGACCUCUUUAUUGCUGCGUCGGGAGUUGCAGUCUCCUUAUAUUUUUGAAGGCUCGGUUUUAUUAGCCAAGGCUCUGACUUCCAAAGAUGCACGCGUUGUGGGGGAAUGAUGUAUGUUUUCACUCUCUGUUUGGAUUUUCUUUUUUUCUGUGUGGGUGAAUCUUAAAUUCAUUUUUUAAAAAAUCUAUUGAUGAUUCAGGUUCCUCUUCUAAGAAUGUGGGCAGCUCUGUGCUCUGUUCCCUCUUUGAAUUCUAGAGAGAGAAAACGAUAUCUGCGGUGCUACUUGCAGCUGUUUCUUUGAGUAAGGGUGGAGGAGCGUCCUUGACGGGUUGGUGGAGUUCCUUCUGUGCUUUUGACGUACUCUGAUCCAGAGCCUGCUAAACAAGCAGUGUUUUUGUUUAUAAUCCAUUUUCUCUGAAAAGACAGUUUUGUGUUACGGACAGGGUUACAGCCUUUUGUUUUGGUUCUGUAUCAGAGAUGGGGCAGCAAACCUUAUUUCUGGCUUACCUCAAAACAAGUUAGAGCAGGCUCCUUACAGCUUUCUUCCUCUGUAGCAGAGAUUUUAAAAACACCCUGUAAGUUGACUGCCAGUGCCGCACACAGUGUUCUUUGCAGCCCCAAGCUGUGUGCCCUUUAGUGGAAGGGGAACUAAAGUGUGAUUCUUUCUUUCUCAUUGAAUAGAACAGUGGAAGUGAGCUGCAAUGAACUCUGGCAUACCUCAGUACCCUUUUUUGCUAUUUGUAGAAAUCUCCAUAUAGAAGUUGGGCAAACACAAGCAGAGUCGCUUUAGGCACACUCCUACAGUCUGGAUGUUUAGCACUACCUGCCUCCUUUCCUUGCCAGCCACUGUAAGGUCUGUAAUUUCCCAUUGUCACUGUUGCAGCAGCAUCUCACUCACACACCCUGGUGUUCAACAGCCAACAGUCACAGUGAACUGCAGUGCAAAGGUGAUGCAUGGUCAAGUCACAGUGAAUGGCUGUGCAGCCAGAAUUGAGAUGUGUAGGGGUGCACACUUCCUUCGAUGCCAUGCUUAUUGGGGUGGGGGGGGACCCAUAUGAACUAGUGGAUGUUGCAAAUACUGACUGUGGUGACACCACUGCUUCCAUGAACACCUAAAAACAACUAUCAUUCAGGUUUUGCUAGGAAAGCAGUCUCCAAGUUAGCCAUGUCCACACAUAGGAUGAUUCACAUGAGAGAGUUCAGGUUCCCAAGACCACCCUUUCCACCUCUUCUUCGUCACUCAGGCAUGGCCAAGGUGCUGCCAUGCCGUGCUCUCUAAAUCAUCUACUACUGAUACAUCCUUCCUUGUUUUCCUGUUAGCAGUUCUCUGACCAGAACUGCAAGGGAACUCAGUGGCUUCAGCCCUGGCCAACAGAUCAUAAUGCUAGCCUGGGAGAAGGAACUCUGCAUUGCAUGUUCCUUUUCAAAAUGUGGCUGACGUACCAAUGACUCACCGGUGCUUGGGGUAUGCUCCAUCUAAUGUCCUUUCAGCCAUGGAAUGCUGCCCUGAUCUUCUCUGACUUGAGAUAAUACCAUUGUGGUAGACAGCUAAAAAUCUCACGGCGUGUCCUACCCAUGAUGACAGAAAUCAGCAAUACUUCUCUUCAGAGCUUGGGGAAGAGGAACCGCCCUGUGUCUCCCCACCCCCAAUGCAAAAGGGUUAGCCAGUCUGUCUAGGGCCUUCAAACAGCCCAUUCCUCACAGCACCCCUACGAACUAUGAGUUACACCAUGUGUAUACGUGUGUGUACCCACACAUACACCGCACUUGCAAUAUAUAUACAUAUUUACAAAAUAUAACCCGUACAAUAUAACAAUAAGUGAUUGAAUGUCAGUGUGCUGACAUCACUGAUUUCAGUGUACCCUUUAAUCUUUUAUUUAUUUGCGUCUAAUUUAUAAAUACAUAUAUAAAAUAUACAUAUAUAUAAAAUUAUUUUGUUUAAAUUUAUAUGGUACAUAAACUAGAGGAAAAAAAUAAUGAAGACAGGAAAGCAUCUGUCUGAAUUUUUUUUAUACUAUGUGUACGGUAAGUUUUGAUUCCUUUUUCAGGAUAGGCGUGCUCUCUCUUUUUAAAACAAUAUAAAGAGUAGUGACUCUCCAGGUUUAAGGGCACAGUCCGGUUGAGCAGUUUUCUUACAGGAGGCUGUGAGAAUUGAAUAGGAACUGUGCAUGAAAGUGCUUUUGGGAGCAUUCUCACAGUUUCCAUUCAUCUCAGCAGGGCUCGUGCAAGAGAACUCCUCCUGCUGACGUGGGUUUUUUUUUUAAUGGUUUGGUUUUUGUUAACCAUUGCUCCUAAGCUGCAGGAUGAAACGAUUUAGUUAAACUGGGUGCGGUGGGUUUUCCGGGCUGAGUGGCCGUGGUCUGGUAGAACACAGCCCGGAAAACCCACCGCACCCAGUUGAAUCCGGCUGUGAAAGCCUUCGUUGAUUUGAAGUCCAGCCCGCUGAGAAGCCCUGUUGAAUUGGACAGGUCUUACUGUGUUCUUGCUCUUUCACAAGCCCGUUUGAUUCCGUUGGGGUUUCCGCUGAAGAUGCUGCCGGCGGACUGUGUUCCAAGGUGUUCAGCUAGCUAGACGAAAUUAAUUCCUUUCUGAAGGGAAACACAUUUCUAGUAUGUGAAGACUACAUUGAGCCAGACAGUAGCAUUCAAAGCAACGUCGCUCCUGUUUUGUACUUGAAAAACAUAAGGUCCCACUUCCAGGGUGCCUCUUCUCAGUUGUUUCCAUCACUCCUGUAUCUUAAAAAAAAGUAUGUAUUGUCUUAUUUUAAAAAGGAAACGCUGAAAUGUUUGAAAGCUGAAGUACUGCUGAAGUCCACAGAAUACUGUGACCUGCCAGGCCAACAUGGUGUUUUCUUGAUUUCUUUUUUCUACAAGGGAGAAUGAUUCUCUGUAAAAUGAAAUGACCUGAUAAUCCAAAGCUGGAAUCUUGUGUCUGAUUGGAUACUGUUUUAACAAAUGAUCAAUACAUGGGAGCAACAGUUGUGCUACAAGUGAAUUGGGAGGGGUUAAAUUUGGAUGAGACGGAGUUUUUGAAUGGAGGGAGAUGGUCAAAAUGUGGAGACAAUUCCCUGAACUAUGGAGUCUGGAAACACAACCAUUCUUCCCCAUGAUGGGCAUACUCGCAUUUGUGUGUGUGUGUAAGUUUUGAUAUAUAAAUACAUACAUAAAUAAAUGUGCAUAAUUUUGCUUUCUGAUUAUUUCUAAACAAGAAAUGUUGGCAUUUCUUUUUUCCCCCGAAAUGACCACAAAGCAAAAAAUAUGCAAAUUCUAAGGCAAAAAAGAACACUAUAAGUGAAUGCAAAACCCAAAUAACAAUUGAACCUGUCUAAAUGGACCUGUGUUACAAUGAAGGCCUAGAGCCAUUACAGUCCCAUAUGAAUUUUUUUCCCAAUCCCACUGAGAUAGGCAAUUAUGUAGUGCUUAAAAAACUGGCCAGAGAUCAUUGUAGAUCAAGAGACAGAGUGUCUACAUAAUGGUUGCCUCUGGUUUCAUCAGAUCUCCUUCAGCUUUCUUGGUGUCUAUAGCUGGAGUUUGCAUACAUGGUUCUGAAAUGUACACACAGCUUUUUUUUUUUAAAUCAUCCAGACAAUCCUCUACAUCAUCUUCAGGCAUGGGAAUGACCUGCAGAACUGAACUAGUUCAGUUGCAUCGUGAGAAGUUGCUUCCCCAUGAGCAAGGUUUUUGCCCAGCUGCCUCACCCUUGAAGCCGCAAGCAAAAUAAUUUUUUUUAAUUGUCAACCUCUCACAAUGUAAAAACACUGAGCCAACAGAAUUCAGUCUCCUGGGCUGCAUCCUGAAGUGGCGUACUGCUAAAGGGGACAUGGGGUAUCUCAUGUCCCUGGGCGUAUACCAUUUCGUCACAUGGAAGGGGGCACCGGGCAUGCACAGCAUGCACCCGAGCAACCUCGUGAGCCCCACCCUCCCCUGGCCUCCCUGCUGGAUCCCAUAAGUGGGGCAUGGGGUGGGAGCUGGGGGGGAGGCGCAGGGAGGCAGUCAUGCCCCCGGGCACCAUUUUGGCCCAGUACACCACUGGCCUCCUGUGUGAUCCCUCAAGGCAUUGAGGAUCCUUCUUCCCAAGAUGACCUAUCAUAUAGAUGCUGAGCUACCAGAAGACACUGUCCUCUUUCUGUUCAGUGUAAUGACGUAACAGAUUCAGGAGUUUAUAUUGUUUUGUUUGUUUUCACUUUCAAUGCUGACUCAGCGUUCGUGCAACAACCUGAGUAACACAGCUCAGUCUAAUGCCUUAUUUUGUGUGCUUCAAUGACCACAUGAGUGUUAGCAAAGAAUUUGGGGACCACCCAUCCCCCCCCACAAAAAAUCCCUUGGAUUCAGUGAUAACAGGAAUCUGGUUACUGUUUGAAUGAAGGUGAAAAAAUGAAAAAUUAUACUUGUUAAGUGUUGGCACCCUGACUAUGCAGUGUUGCAGGAAAGUAGAGGGCCAGGGUUCAGGCCUCUCCCACCCAAAUCCAAAUAUUCUUCCAGCUGGGAAAAGCACAGUGUUUCUGAACAUACAGAGAGCCAAAGCUGAUCCCAAAACCUAUACAAAUGGAAGGGUGAUUUGAAGAGAGCUCUAAAAAAGCCUCUUCUUAAUAGUCUGUGGUUUUUUUUCAAAUGUAGAAUGCACUUGGCUAAUCAGUUGAUCCCAAGGGGAAAAAAUGGGGAGAAGUGUCAACAAUACGCUUUGUAGGCAAGAGAGCUGAAUCUUGCAGAAAAUUUCAGAUCACUUCUGUUGUAUUUAGUAAUUUGUGGGGGGAGGGGGCUUCUGUGCUUUUCUCUAGCAGGAUGAUCACUCCAGUAGCUAGAAAAGAGGUAGAAAUACCACGCCCAGCCACCCUUCUUGCCUUUACAUUCUUCACAUGAGCAGGCUGCCGAGAGAUGACAUUUUUGUGGCAAUGGGGGAGGGGGGCAGGGGCGGGGGGAGAGACUGCUCAGCAAAGCAGCCAUUUCAGCCAACAGCCUCUUACAGAGUUCCCGGUUAUGACAACACUUAACGAGAUCUGUGACUUGUAGCCUUUCUAUUUUUCCCACUAGGUGAUUUUAACGUCACCUUACUGUUAAUGCUGUUGAAUGUAAUACUUUUGAACAGAUAUUGUUGUGAGUGAUCCCUCUUUGCUUACACAGUAAUAAAAACUUGGAUUCAGGAGUUUUAAACUUA